AUGGACAUUGAAUAUUUGCUGCAUUUGACUCGUCAAGUUCAGAUAGAAUGGGUGAUCAGGCUUUUGGUUCUGACAAGCAUGGUGGUGCAGCUUAUGCUGGUUGUUUGUGGUGCCCGCAGGUAUAUUAGCUCAAGUCGAUCUCUGCGGGUACUUUUGUGGGGAGCCUACAUCUCAGCUGAUGCUGUGGCCAUCUCCGCCCUUGGAAAGAUGAUGCAUAGUGCUCAUAACGGAUUGUACGUUAUAUGGGCUCCUUUGCUGCUUCUCCAUUUGGGGAGCCCUGAUGCCAUUACUGCGUAUGCCUUGGCUGACAAUGAACUCUGGUUAAGGUAUGCAUGCACUAUGGUUUAUCAAGUUUCUGUUGCCGGAUAUGUUAUGUGCAUAUGCAAACAAGAAGGAUUUGUAUUGGCUGCUGGUUUUCUUCUACUAGUCGCAGGAGUUUGUAAGUAUGUUGAAAGAACAGCUGCCUUAGCAUUCGCCACUUAUUUUGAAAUCGUGAAUUCUACUGAACCUAUUUUUAAAUUUAUGGAGCACGAGGACAAGAUAGAACCAGGAGAAUUCAAUUAUAUCGUGGUGGGAGAGAAGCAGCUCAAUGAUUGGUGGGAAAAUCAUCUAUGGCCUACAUCCCCAAGGGAAUUUCCAGGUGUAACAACCAUACAACAUGUAUGGAGCCACGAAGACCGACAGCCAACAGAUGACUACCUCCUCUGCUUAUCUUAUGCUUUAUUCAAGUUGUAUAAGCGGCAGUUUGUAAGCCUCUAUUUCUACGAAUGGUCGAGGAAUAAAACAAGGAGGUUCUUUUUAAGAAACGGUCUAGAAUGUGAGAAUGUGUUCAGAGUAGUGUCUUAUGUUCUGCAGCGCUUGCUGUGGAGGAUUCGGAAGCGGCUUGGAAAUCAGUACUGGAAGAAUGUAAUUCCGCAAUACAGGGUGAUAGAUACUUGCUUCAAGACUAAGUCUUCUUGUAUAUGGAAGGUGGCUCGCAAAUAUCCGAGGAGUUUUAUUGUACUGUGGUACAUCAAGUUAAGGUAUACCAGUGCAACGGCUGUGGAGGAUGAUCUCAAGCAGCUUAUAUUUCAGAAGCUUCAAAAUGUAUGCUCUCCAGACGAAGACAUUGCAAUUUGCAAAUUUUAUGCCUUUGAAGCCUGUUUGCGCGAAGAUCUAAAGUGGGCUUCCAAAAUGGAUGUGGAGGAUCUCAUUCUCACAUGGCAUAUCGCCACCGCGAUUUGUGAGGAACACUGGAAGCCGAAUCCUGGAUAG